UUCAUUAAAUGAGUAGCAGGAGCAAAAGUUGAAGACCACCAUAGGGUCAAUCCGUGCGAAAACUUGAUUUCUUAUCACAUAUAUGGGAUUUGGGCCAAAGCUACUCGGUUUUGCGGAAGCCAUUUUUUAAAGCCUACAUCCGCCCCUAGUUCACUGUAUUUUUCAUCCCUAUGUAAAUGAUACCAGUGAAUGAGGAGACUUUAAACUGAUUGGUGAGAGUUCAUAUAGUGUUCCCAAUAUGAUUAGGACUGAGGCAUAGUUGUAUAUAAAUAGUUGAAACCACAAAAAAAACAUGUGUGAAGUUCUAACUUAGGAACACUCAUCUUCACAAAGUAAAAGCUUACGUCUUUUUUGUAACUAAACGUUCAGUUAGUUUUCAACAAAUUCUAACUUGAAAACAUCCUGCUUCAUGCCAUCCAUGGAUACAACACAAAGUCCAGCCUCGCGACCUUCGCGACGUGGACCAGGUCGCCACGGAAAACAGCGAUCAGAAGCUCUAGCAGUUUCACCACCUCCAGCAUCACCAUCGGGGUCGACCAGAGAUAGUCCUUUGCAAAUUUCAGCGACAACAAGUACUCCAGAGGCAGUUGCCCCAACUCCAUUAGGGUCAACCAGUGAUAGGCGUACUCCAGAGGCAGUUGCCCCAUCUCCAUUGAGGUCAACCAGUGAUAGGCCUUUGGAAGUUCCCUCUGGUGAAGAGGAGACAAAGUUAGAUGUAACGCCGUCAAGAAUGCUGAUGCAUCCCCCAAAGACAAAUCAUUCACCCCAGAUUCUUGAUGAAGAAUCGAAGAAAGUAAUUCUUAAAGUCAAGUCUUUAUUGGUGAAGAAGUUACUUACUUCUGGGAAUAACGUUGACUACUUGGUCCAUCAGGCCAAUACUACCUUUAGAUAUUUGAAAGGGCUUGGUGUUGAUUAUGUCUCUUUUUACAGAGACAUCGUAGAACACAUUAAAUAUCGCUGCGAUUUGCAAGACACAGAGAAAGAAGAAACUAUGUUGUCUUUGUCAGCACUGCAGAAAGCAUAUGAAAAUGAUAUACUUAGUGUAAAUCUUGUUGAGGAGGAUUUGGGGCGCACUCAAGGAGAAUGGGAGAUGGCCAAGGAUAAAAAGAAAACUUUGAAGAAGCAAAUCAAGGAUCUGAAGAAAGAGGUAGCACGUAUCGAACAUGAAGAAGAGCGUCUGAAACGUGACGAAAUAAAAUACAAAGAAGCCCAUGAAGUUGCAAAAGCGAAGAUGCAAGAACUUGGUACUCAGUUGGAGGCAGCUCAAGCAAAGAAAAGGGAAAUUGAGCAGCGCAAGAAUGCAGCUCUCCGAGGAAUUGAAUCCACCACUCGACACCUAAAAUCCACAUUUCCUGAUGAUCUCAAUUAGUUGGAUUUUUGAUACUCACUGAACAAGCUCCCUACUAGAUGAACUGAAAGUCCCCUUGACCAUCUUGAACUGUUUUGGGAUUUCAUUUUUGCAGCAGCAGACAAGAAUUGUUUCUUCGUUUGGUUAUCAGCGUGUAGUAGAUUCUCCUUUAAAGUUUCUUGUCAUGCUUUCCGUCUUUUAGCAUGUACAAUCUUGCAGCAGCAGAUUGCUUUUUUACUUCUGUUUUAUGUCAACUUCCUAUAUUCUAGUAUGAGAAUGACUUUUAACAAAUGUCAUUUUUUUCAAGGGAACAUCCAUAAAGCUA